AUGGGAGGAAAGAUAAAGUUGCGCGGUGAGAAAGGCAAAACAUUCCGAUGGUUCUGGCGAGUCAAUUCUGGUGAUCUCGACUUUGGGAUCCAAAAAAAUGGAGAAAUGGCCUACCCGACAUUCCGUAUUAGCACUGAAUUCCAUCCAGAAUUCGGUUCAAUGGAAUGCAGAGACGAUGACGAGUACACGUUUUUCUUCGACAAUUCGCAUGGUAAAAUAUGGAGUAAGGAAGUAUCCUAUAAAAUCACACUGCAAGUAAAACUCUUCCUGAAAAAAAAACUGAAAUUGCCUACAUAUGUGUUGUAA